AGAAUGCACGUGACGAAAUAGUGACUAACUUGGGAUCAUGAUUGUCCUUCGAUCAAUUGCAUACUAAACCUAGUAUUAAGUAGUACGUAGUGCAUCUAGCUACCCCAGUCUACACCGCUCGACUUAUAAUGGCUUUCGGCGAGGUUGUACACUACGUGACCCAGCCCACAGACUGGCCUGAACCAGUCCGCGGUAUUGCUUCCCUAUUGUCACCAUUUCACUGUCCCAACUGGCCAAGUAAUGAGCAUCUUGCCAGCACGUCAUCCUCGAAGUUCCCGGAGCCACUUUCUUCCAAUGAAGCACCUGCACCGGGAUCAUAUACUGCAAAGGAUUUUCAGGCCUUGAUUCACUCGACGGCCGCAGGGUUAAGCGCACUUGCUGAGCUUCCUCACUACGGUGGCGAGAGAUCCACUGUUCCCCAUUGGUCUCAGCUUCUCCAUGCACUGGCAAACACACUGUCUCCAGAUGUUCUGAUUCUCGAAGAUGCGCCGUUCAUCAUGCCACGGUCUCAGAACAUGACGAGUCAGCCGUCAAAUCUCAUUGACGGACAUGCGACUCUUCUUGCUGCACAUGCAAUCUAUUCUACGCCUAGAACUCCUUCAGACAGUUCCACCACCAGCUCACAAGACGAGGAAGACAACGAUGAAUCGAUGUCUUCUGCAGAUUUUGACUCGUGCGACGGUUCGGUUGACUCACUCGACCUGCCAUUGCAAGCGCACAUGCUUCCGGGUCGAGGCAGACGCCUUUCCGCUGUGGUGCCAGUCUUACUAGUCGCCGACUCCCAUAAUAUCGUUCCCCUACUUUGCAGUGCUCUUUACCAGAGACAUGUAUGGGGGAUCCGCCAGCCUGUGGUUGGCCUGUGCUGUUCCAGCACUGGUACGAUUGCCACGGCCAUCUUCGGAUGGCUCGACUCCGAUCAGUCAGAAGAAGGCCGCAUGGCAAGUCCGAAAUCAAUGCAUAUCUUUCCACGCUCACCCUUCCUGAAGCCUACAGCGCACCUCGCUUUAGCAGCAGAUAUCCGCCUAGAUCCCUCGAUUGGGGUGUUUGACUUCAGUGACACCCGUUCUGCCAUCAGCCUCGCGCAAUUUGUUUUGGGGUUGCGGACUCAUUUUCAAGAUAUCAAGGAUGCCACAUCGAUAGAAGCAGUCGAUUCUCUGACUCCGUUGCACUGGAGGUCCGAUUUACCCGAGUUUGAAACUCAGUUUUUGGGACAAUUGGACGAACGAGUGGCGUCCUGGACCCACCAAGUACACGUGCAGACGACGAGACAGUCAUCGUCAUCUAGUCCUCGUACUCCCUCGACCUUGGAUACUGCGGUUGUAUCAUAUGAAACGAUGAGUCCUUCCUUGCUUCGUACCAUCGUCGAGGAUGAACAAGUUCAUGGUGCAAAUAUCUGGCUGCCUCAAAAGACCCGCGCGACGAACGUGAAAGGACGGGGGUCGCAUCUCUCAUCAAAGAGGACCAGUGCAUCACCACAACCGCUACCUGAGGAUAGGAUUUUGAUCUCGUCGCAUGCACCCAGCCUAUAUCCAAACUCACAAUUUACCGCUUUGUCUGAUACCGGCAUUAAGGACAGUGUGUCAAUAUCUAAUUGGCUGUUCGAACGCCAUGCGUUCACAGUCGGCCGGAUCCCUCUCCGCUCUGAGGAACAGGCGAACAAGACCGGAAUUAAUGCAAUGGUUAAAAUAUACGAUGAAAUGACAGCGUUUACUUGGUCGGACGACAUUAAAACCACACUCUCGAAUGCCAAGGUAGAUAUCUUCGUAUCGGACAUCAGGACGGAAUUAUGCGACACGAAGGGCGAUCCCAACUAUCAGUCCAGCGCAAUCGAUGUUCCCUCAUCGGAGGAUGUCGAGUUUAUUUCAUGCCGGAUAUCUGUGCUGUUGCACGCUGUAAAAGGUGCCCGCAGCUCUGACGAUGUCGCAAGGUUGCACGGCGCCAACGAGGCCUAUCGGCGUCACGAAUGGGAUGCUCUGCUUCUCAACUUCUUCCAACCUGUUCUCGGCCAACGGGAUGUGUUGCUAGAGCGACAUCUGAACUUCGCUCGUAAUCUCGCUGCCGAUGACCCUUCCUUUGCGACACGGACCAUCGAGGUCGCUCUCGAAUACCAGAACCUCUGUCUUGAACAGCACCGGUGUGUCCGUCUCACCGCAGAGACCUCUAGCAAUUGGACGCAGACUGCAGCAGCACGAGAUCAAGCAAUCCAAUUUUCUGACGAUAUCGAGCGUCGCGACAUGAAGAGGAAUUUUGGUAAAGUGAUUGCAUAUCACUCCUCUAAGGAUCCGAUCGCUGGAAAAUGUGAUGCCAUCCUCGUCAUUCCAUGUUCCAGCGUUGCUACUGCCAUCCCCGGGCACAUAUCUGGUAUCGACAAGCAAGAAAAGCUUCUGAAAUCUUUCAUGCUAGUCCAGGGUCCAAAGCUGGAGAAGCUUGACGCAAGUACGGGGGAAGCUUCUUACCAGAUUGAAAAAACCGAUCGAGCCCAGUUGCACAAUCCCUUUCUUUAUCAUCCUGAUGGUAAUCGAGCGACGCAGAAAAAAGCAACAAUACUUUCCCAGGAUACAUCCUAUGACGAACCCAGUGGACAGGACCUACUACUGCCAGUAUUGUUGGCUGAGUACAAGAAGAGGGACGAGUCCGCAAUUUCAACAGCCAUGAAUCAGAUGAAGACCUAUCUGGUUUCGGCGGUUACCUUCCUUUCCGAGUUCGGCAUCACAGACCAGCCUGUCUUUGGGCUGGUCGUUAAUGGCGCGCUGGGUGCAAUUACAAUGGCAUGGAAGAGAAACAAUCAAAUCUACGUCAUGGAACGGAACGUCCGACACUAUGAUAUUAGAGACCCUCUUCAGGCGCUUCAGUUUGUAUCUAUUCUGCCGCGCCUCGCGCGUUACAGCCUGGGCCUCCGCCGUCUGCUAGAGAAGCAGCUCGCAACUAUAGAUGUGAAGCAGCUUCAAUCUAAGCCGUGGUCCAAGUUAGCCCAACGGCAGGAAGACGAAAGAUUGGCGGCAACUAAGCGAACAGAAUCGGAAGGCCGCUCCCUCAUCCUUUUUUGGGUUGUUGGGCGGGACGGUGCAACCGUUAAGAUCGAUGGUCAGAAUGUUGCACUGAGCAUUCCUGGAGCAAAGCAACGCGCUGCUGCCCGGAACAUCAAUGCUUCGUGGAUAUUCCUCUCUGCAGAAAGCCUUGCUUCAUCGCUUGCAUCGUACAUGACUGGCCAUACGCUGGAGGCAACGGGCGGACGAGGAAUUUAGUGUCGCAUUAUAUUUCAUGGCAACUAUUUGCUAUGCGGUUGUAUUAUUUUGCGACAUUUCUUCAUUCCUAGAAUAUCGAAACUUCAAACAAUUCACGAGCGGAACGAUCAUGCAUUAAAUAUAUCAUUCUCGCUUCUUGUGCUGAUGAGCACAUCGAUGGAAGUGAUAGGUCCAUCAGCAAUAUCACCUGGUAAAGCGAAGCCCUCAAAGUGGAAGGCCGGUGGCACUUCGUUCCAUUUCACAGGUAUCGUACAGGUACUUUCUUCUUCACAGGUCAGGCGAUGUGCCGUCCUGCUUUGUGAUACGAGCAGUAUUCUAGAGCCAGGAUCUAUCCCAUCUAAACUCGACGUCAUACUCGCGACUGAAAUCUAGUUCAAUCACGAGGUCUCAAGAAUGCAGCAUCCAUGCCCAUCCGCGCGAUUCUAGCUACAUCAUCUCUGCUCAAGCCAAGACCUAGCGGAGGCUGCGCUAAAAGCAAAGAGUACUCUCCAAGGCAUG